GACAGACAGGUGUAUAGAUGCUUUAUGUCCAGGUGAAGAAUACCGAGGCUUCAGAGAUGAUUGUUCAUGCAGGAGACCUGAGAUUAUACAAGAGUCAAAUAAGGUUGAGUGAUUGAUUGAUUGAUCUGUGUUCAGUGUCAGUUUAUCUGAGCGAGGAAAGGACUCUCUCUCUAAGAUGAGUCUCUCAGAGAAACACAGUGUGAGAUCAGACUCACAUGUGUCCAGCUCUGUGUCUCUGAAGAGUGACUGGUCAAAAGGUAUAGAUCCAAACUUCAGUGGGGAAAAACCAUCAUCUGAUAAAAGUGUAAGAUCAGACUCACAUGUGUCCAGCUCUGUGUCUCUGAAGAGUGACUGUUCAAAAGGUAUAGAUCCAAACUUCAGUGGGGAAAUGCCAUCAUCUGAUAAAAGGCUUCAAUAUGAGACAUUAGACUCAGACGUUCAGACUCAAAGGAAACACAAGAGUUUCACAGACAAUCUCCUGUGGAUCUUCCAGGAUCUUGAGAUCAAAAUAAUCACAUUUCUGAAGAAAGAGCUGGAAAAGUUUAAGAAAAUAUUACAAAAUGAGAACACAGAAUACUUUGUGAAGGACUUUAAUGAGAAUGGAUGCAGUACCAAAGCAGCAGCUCUUGAUCUCACACUACAUUACCUGAGAGAGAUGAAGCAAGAUGAAGCUGCUGAUGCUCUAGAAGAUGAGCUGUUCUUCAUUCAUCAGCUCAAAUGUGGCCUAAAGAAGAAGUAUCAAUGUGUGUUUGAAGGAAUUGCGAAGCAAGGCGACUCCACACUUCUGAAUAACAUCUACACAGAUCUCUAUAUCACUCAGGGUGGCAGUGAACAGGUCAAUACUGAACAUGAGGUCAGACAGAUUGAAGUUGCUUCCAGGCGUCAUGAAUCUCAAGAGAUACAGAUUGAAUGCAGAAAUUUGUUUGAAGCUCAACAAGCUGAACAAGACGAGGAGAUCCGAACUGUACUGACAAAAGGAGUCGCUGGCAUCGGAAAAUCAGUCUCUGUGCAAAAGUUUGUUCUGGACUGGGCUGAAGGAAAAGAAAAUCAAGAUAUCAGCUUCAUAUUUCCUCUUCCAUUCAGAGAGAUGAACUUAAUGAAGAAAGAAAAACUAAGUUUAAUGGACCUUAUAACUCAAUUUUUCCCAGAGACAAAAGUACUGAACCUUACAAGAAGGAAUCAAUUCAAAGUCCUGUUCAUCCUUGAUGGAUUGGAUGAAUGUCGCCUUCCUCUGAAGUUUGAUCGUAAUGAGACGUGGUGUGAUGUAUCGUCACCAGCCUCUCUGGAUGUUCUCCUAACGAACCUCAUGAAGGGAAAUCUGCUUCCUUCUGCUCUCAUCUGGAUCACCACCAGACCAGCAGCUGCCAGUAAGAUUCCUCCUGACUGUAUCGACCGGCUGACAGAGAUACGAGGAUUCAAUGAUGCACAAAAGGAAGAGUACUUCAAGAAAAGAUUCACGGAUCAGAAUCAGGCCAACACAAUCAUUGAUCAUGUUAAAAAAUCAAAGAGUCUCUUCAUCAUGUGCCACAUCCCAGUCUUCUGCUGGAUUUCAGCCACUGUUCUCCAGAACAUUCUGGAGGAGAAAAGAAAUAAUGAUGUGAAAAACAAUCAGGCUGAUGAGAUCUCUAAAACACAGCAGGAAUCAAAUACUGAAGACACUCCCAAGACUCUGACACAAAUGUACACACACUUUCUCCGCUUUCAAAUCCAGCAAAGCCGCCGAAAGUAUGAUGAAGAAUACGCAGCAGAUGUUUCCUGGGAUAAAGACGCCAUACUUUCACUGGGAAAACUGGCAUUUCAUCAACUGGAAAGAAACAAUGUGAUCUUCUAUGACAAAGACCUGGAAGCCUGUGGUAUUGACGUCUAUAAGGCAUCAGUGUACUCAGGUAUGUGUACCCAGAUCUUUAAGGAGGAAACGGGGAUCACUCUUGGUACCAUGUACUGCUUUGUUCACUUGAGCAUUCAAGAGUUUAUUGCAGCCCUUUAUGCACAUCUGUUUCUAGACAUCAACAAGAAAAGUGUGUUUGUUCAUGAGUCUACAGAACAGGAAAACAAAAAUAAAAAUUCACGUUUUGCACAUCUGUUUCGAGACAUCAGCAAGAAGAUUGAUUUUCUCAAGACUGCAGUGGACAAGGCGCUCGAGAGUGACAGUGGACACCUGGACCUUUUCCUUCGCUUCCUCCUCGGUCUGUCGCUCCAGUCCAAUCGACGACUCUUACGAGGUCUGUUGACACAGCAAGACGACAAUGACCAGAUCAACAAGAGAAUAGUUCGGUACAUCAAGCAGAAAUUAGAAGAUAAUCUGCCUGCAGAGAGAUCCAUCAAUCUGUUCUACUGUCUGAAUGAACUGAACGACCAAACUCUGGUGAAGGAGAUCCAGACCCACUUUAACAAAGGAAGUCUCUCAUCUGGUGACCUUUCACCUGCCCAGUGGUCUGCUUUGGCCUUUGUGUUGUUGACAUCAGAGGAAGAGCUGGAGGAGUUUGAGCUUCAGAAAUUCAAGAAAUCAGACGAGUGUGUCAUUAGAUUAUCAGCAGUCAUCAAAACCUCCAGAAGAGCUCUGUUAAAUGAUUGUAACUUAACAUACAAAAGCUGUCCAGCUCUGGCUGCAGUCCUUGGAUCAGAUACCAAUCUGAAAGAGCUGAACAUGAACAAUAAUAAGCUGCAUGAUUCAGGAGUGAAGCUGCUCUGUGGUGGACUGAAGAAUAUAAAGUGUAAACUGGAGAUACUGAGGUUAAGGUGCUGUUAUAUGACAGAAGAAGGUUGUUCUGCUCUGAAAUCAGCUCUGAAAUCAAACCCGUCACACCUGAGAGAGCUGAACCUGAACAAUAAUAAUCUAGGAAACUCUGGAGUGAAAAACCUCAGUGAUCUACUGAUGAACCCACAAUUCAAGCUGGAGAAACUACAUUUAAGCCUCUGUGAUAUGACAGAAGAAGGUUGUUCUGCUCUGACUUCAGCUCUGAACUCAAACCCGUCACACCUGAGAGAGCUGAACCUGAGCUGGAAUAAUCUAGGAGACUCUGGAGUGAAAAACCUCAGUGAUCUACUGAAGAACCCACGAUUCAAGCUGGAGAAACUACAUCUACAGUACUGUGGCAUUACAGAUGUUUCUUCUUUAACUCAGUCUUUGACUAACUCAAAAGCACUGCGGUUUUUAAAAGAUCUUGAUCUGAGAGAGAAUAAGAUAGGAGACUCAAAGCGGCUCAGUGACGUGCUACGAGACUCAAACUGUGUCCUGAGAUGAAGAUCUGUGAAAUGAUCAUGAGAGGAGCAGAAAUCAUCAGGUGAUCCACAGAAGAGUCUCUACUGUGUCUAUGAGGAGAAAUAAAUGUGUGAUUAAUGUGUAAAUGUGUUUCAUACAGACGGAAGAGACUCUUUACAGUUAAAUAAAGCUGUUUUAGCAUGAGCAUCAGAAACAUGUGAUACUGAAUGAUUAAUGUUGCUUUAGUAUUCAAUCAAAUGAUGGUUUAGUUUUAUUUAAAGGUGGAACAGGAGGAAGAAGCUCAGAUGAGUCUGUCAGCAGAAAUCUUUAGGCUCUUCAGUAUCAGGCCUACAAAUAUAAUAAUGAUUGGAUUGAACUCAUCCAUAAUGAUUAAAAUAUGUCUAAUCAUAAACGUGAUUGUUAAGUAUAGCACAUAAAUGUGUAAAAAUAUAUAAAGUCCAUGUUACUUUGAACAUUUACAUUAUAUCUCUUAAAUAAUAUGCACAGAAUUUUGUUUUUGUUAUUCUGUUUAUUUUAUAAGUUAGUUAUGUGUCUGUCUGUUGUUAAUGCUCAGAUCUACAGUAUAUUGUCUUUGUUCUGUGGAUAAAGUCUCUUAUAUUCAGAACAACUAAACAUUUUACCAGUUAACAGCAUUUGUGUGUCUUUCACUCGCUCUGUUAGUCUAAUUUAUUUCUUUUAGCAAUUAUAAUCUUCUGUUUCAUUUGUCAAUAAUAUCAUAGAUAUAAAUUUAAGAGUGAUUAUUUUUGUUUGAAAAGUUCACUUUCCUGUUGUAUCAUUGAAUCUACAUGAGCAGAUGAAGAGAGAAAUGCUCCUUAAUCUGAGUGGUUUGAAAAAAGGGCGUUAAUGAGUCUUUGUGGUCAUUUACAGUCACACAUUGGCUGUUUGUGGACCGACCGUAUGAAUAAAUGGGAUAGAUGAUCCACAUGAUCCUCCAGAACUGAACCGAGAGACUCCUCUCUGAAACUCUUCAUGACAGCCCACCAAAAUAAAAGU